AAAAAGACAACAAUUCCGUGACUGUUCGCUUUGCGUCAUACGCAGAGCAACACACGCGUAUUCAAUUAGUGUACACACCAGUGACAACAACCAAGAAAAUAUAUUUUCGCAUUUUCACUCAAUAACGUGACACGAGUUCGUACAAGGGUGAACUGUCGUGAACGCGUGUGAUCGGGUGUGAUACGUGAAUUAUCAAGUGACUCAUUGUUUUCAAUGUGUACCUCGUGUGUUGAUCAGGAAGAACAAUCGAAUCCUCGAAUUUGAUAUCGCUGCACGUCACUGAUACAGUGAUAAGUUUUCAGCGACAAGUGUCGAUAGACUGUACAAGCAAAACCGGUAAACCAUACUGUAUACAUUUUUUUCCAUCGGUUGCGUAGAACCUCGUGUUAUGUAAUCGCCAUUUACACGUACGAGAUCAAAUACAUUAUCACGAGGAAAUAGAAAAAAAAAAAAUUAAAGACAGACGUGGGAGUAUUUCCGGACAUUUUUGUUAUUUCUGUGCGGGAAUAAUAAAAGUGUAGAGAGGAAAAAAAAACACUGUUGAGUUAAUUGUGACUGCAGUGCCUCGACUGCCCACACAUUACCGUAUAUUUCGCAAUAAAGAGCGAGACAGAGAGAUAUAAAGAGAAAGAGGGAUAAGAGAGACAGUGUAAUUCGAACGGUGUGGAGGAAAGUUGGAAUAUUUAGUUCCGUGUGUAUAAAAACCGGAAAUCCGUUAAAGUGGACCUGAUGGUGCGCAGUUUAACUAUGGAGACGACGUUUUACGAAGAGGUGACAGCGUAUGGUAAUCGCGACAACGUGGGCCAGUUGAAGAGAAAUUUAACCCUGGAUCUGAACGGACAUCGUCAGGGCCCACAGGCCAAAAGGCCGAGACUCGGGCCCCUACCACUGACCCUCAACAAUUCAGCUCCAGUUUUGAGCUCACCAGAUUUAAAUAUGUUGAAAUUGGGUUCACCUGAAUUGGAGAAACUGAUAAUUGCCCAGCAGGAUGGCCUAGUGACGACAGUACCAACGUCCAAUCAAAUUCUCUUCCCCAAGAUUGUGACAGAGGCCCAGGAGUUGUACGCACGUGGGUUUGUUGAUGCCCUCAAUGAAUUGCAUCACUCUGACAGCUCGCAGGAACCUGGAAGCAUUCAUGGUGCUACAUAUACAAAUUUAGAACCACCAAGCUCGGUUCAGAGUACAGAAUCACUAUCACAGGGGCUAUUGAUGAUCAAGGAUGAGCCACAGACUGUACCAAGUGUAUCGAGCUCACCACCAAUGUCACCCAUCGACAUGGAGAAUCAGGAGAAAAUCAAGCUGGAGAGGAAGAGACAGAGAAAUCGUGUGGCUGCGUCAAAAUGCAGAAGACGCAAACUCGAGAGAAUUUCCAGGCUUGAGGACAAGGUCAAGUUGCUCAAGGGUGAGAAUUCAGAGCUCAGUACUGUUGUUCACAGGCUCAAGGAACACGUGUGUCGGUUGAAGGAACAGGUCAUGGAUCAUGUGCACUCGGGAUGCCAAAUGAUGUCGGUGUCUGGACAAUUUUGAAGGGGAUCAUCCCUGGAGAAUGGGGAACAUUAAAGCUUGAGUACAUCGACAGAGGAAGUCAGAAUCUCUGGGUUAUUAUUUUAGUCUUUCGGGGAUUUAUGAUUCUUUUUUAUUUAACGAUGUUUUCACGUUUAUAAUAUCGCUCUGUACUGCACGGCGAACCCCCCGAGGGAAUCUGGGAGUGCCUUUGAGUGCUGUGCAAAGAAAUGGAUAAAAAAAAAUGAAAAAAAAAAAGGGGAAUGUUAUGAUGGUGGAUUGUGGAGUCCACGAACGUCCACGAUAGCGUCGUUGACGUUGCUUGUCUGGUGGGAGGAGCACCGGAGAGGAGUGAGGCGAAAAAAAAAUAUUACAAGAGGAUCAAGUGGGGAGCUACCGUGGCCAUUUUGGAGAACAUCGGACAGCGCGGCAAUUUUAAAUCGUCCAGGAACUUCGUGGAAAGUCGUUCCCUAAAUUCAAUUGGGAAGGGAGGGUAAAUUGAAGGUUUUUAAUCAUCAAUAACUGGUUUCCUUGGAGAGCAACAUCAAACGAUUUCAUGUUUAAUCAUGGGGGGACUGUCGAAGCUAUUGGUGAUUGGAAAUAUUCUGCCUCGUCUUCCUUCAACAUUGUCAAUUUUUUUUUUAUAUAUAUAUAUAUAUUUUUUUUUUGUUUCUCGGAGCAACUGUUGCUCUUUGUUCUUGUUUGGAUGAAUUAUUUGGUUGAAUCGGAGUUUUCGUCGUUGUACGAUUUCAUUGGGAGCGCCGUUAUGUAUCAUUUGUGCAUCUAGUCUUGUCCAGUAUGAACAUGUAUAACUUAUUAUCCAUCCAUGCACAUUUAUUUCGGGAGAUGUGAGAUGUUACGCAGACACUGGGAAUAAUUUACCUGCUAAUAAGCGCUCGUGCGCACCGACCAUAAUUUUUGUACCAUGAAUAGUUUUUUUCUUUUCUUUGGGCGAGCUGGGGAUGUAUUUCGUGAUGGACAAUGGGAGUGUUCGUUGACCCCGAGGAAUUGAACGAAAUUCAAUGUUUUAUAAGAAAAUAUGUAUUAUUAUUAUUACCAUUUGAUGGAUCGGGUCAAAGGUUCUAGCUGUUCAUAACGAGGUACCAUCUUCGCGCCCACGCUCGUUGCAUAGAGAAUAAUAGUCGUAAAGUAGGUAAGUUUAGGCGUAUUUGACCUUCAGUUUUGAUUAACGAGUAGCCCGCAUUUUUUUUUUCGUGGCAGUCUCACACAUGAAUGUAACACACACUUGAUCUGCGUCCCAAGAUUUUUUAGAAGCCUUUCCUCUCUUCAUUUCUUUUUUUUUUUAGUUUCAUUUCUUUUUUUUUUUUGUUGUAUCCUUGAGGAGCCAGACCGAGCAGUAUUUCUUUUUGUUCCUCUUUUUCGCUGCCUCCUACUUAGAUUUGAUGAAUUCUAAAUUCCGAGGACAUCCGGAUUCAUUUUGCUCUUUUUCGGUUCUCAUUACGACAGUGCAUUGUAAAUUUAUUUAAUUUAUUUGAUUCGUUCUGGAGAUUCUCGACAAUUGCAUCAGUGCAAUAAAAGUGCGACUCUCUUUGGCACUGUCUGAGAAUUAGAUGAGAAGUAAAAAAAAAUUUUUUUUAAUUUCAAAGAAAGGCCUAUGGAAUUUUAGGCCGUUUGUAUCAAUUUUCUUUUUUUUAUUCUUGUGUUAAUUUAUCGACAUUGCCAAUCAAGAAGACGUUGCAAUAUUUACUGGCGUAAAUCGUGCAAUUUGAAUUAAGGAGUUUCAUAUGUAGCCGACCUUGGAGGCCCCCUCUGAAAGAAUAAUUUGCAAAAGUAACCAGCGCGUAGCGUUUUGUUUUCAUUAAAAUUUGUUUGUUAAAAACAAAGUAUAACGACUCAAAGCGAUGAACGAGGAGAUAAUUCCCCGUCGGGUGUAGAAUUUCACGAGCUCGACUAUAUAUUUGUUGCCAAUGCAAUCCAGUCCGUACAGUGUGCCUUUUUUUCAUGACGAAUGCAAAGCGAAUAUAAUAAUUAAAAUAACAAAAUUUAUUUUCCCUCGAUGAAAUGAUAUAAAAUUCAAUCUCAGUGUAUUGCUCUAGAGUUGUAAAAAAUUUAUAAAUAACAAUGUACAGAGCUUACAGAACAGAUGGAAAAUAAUAUGCUCUCGCAGAGAAAAAUGUUGCACAAACGAAAAAUGUAUGAAAGUAAAUCUAAAAUUAAUGAAAACCACUUGUGAUUUAGUAUGUAAGUAAAAACCCCAUUAGACACUAGAUUUUAUGGUGAUUAAAACUGUAAUUUUCAUGAAAAACUAAAAUUAUGACACCAUAAUAGUUGCAUAACACUAUUCAUAAUGAGAGUAAAUAUUACUAUAUUACGUAAUAAUGAUUAAAUAUACAAAUAUAUGUUAUAUAUCGAGAAAGCUGAGAAGAACUCUUUUUUUACGAAUAAUUUUAUUUUUGAAUGAAACAAUGAUGAAAAUAAAAUUCACUAUA